AAAAUAUCCACAGAUCCGACCACAAAUUUGCUCACCUGAAAUGAAUGCACUUCCGUUUCUGAUGAUAAGGUCUCUUUUCCUGGCACCCAACCUUGAUGACAAUAGCGUUUAUGCUGCUGAUGUUUGAAGCAAUCAUUGUAUUCUCCAGAGAGAGCUCUCUGAUUCAAUCUAGCUCACGUGUUGCUAAGGCAGAGGUGCAUGCCUGGGUCAUGGGCAUAGCUGCAACGUGUGCCUCAUGUGGCUUCGCUGCCAUCUACGUCAACAAAGACCUAAACCAUAAAAGUCACUUCAUGACAUGGCAUGGCUUUAUAGGCCUUCUCACCCUGUGCUAUGUCAUGCUGCAGCUAAUCGGAGGAAUACUUUUAAAAUACAGUGGUAUACUACGAAGUUUAAACAUCCAGAUAAGAUUAGCUGAUAUGAAGUUAUACCAUGCUACGUCAGGCUUAGUUUUAUUCACAGCUAUCAGUGUUACUCUAAUCUUGGCCUUCUGGUCCGACUGGUUCGUCUCACAAACCAACGUUUAUACAUGGUAUGCAUGUUUUAUGGCCCUGUCCUGCAUUGCAAUGAUUGUGAUGAUGCAGAUUACAUCAACCUACCUACCUCAAAGCCGACGACCCGGAAUAGCAUUCAACAACGCUCCAGCCCGCAAGCGAAAAAAGCAAAAGUAAUU